AUGGCUCCGUCACCUCCCGCGGAUCUCCAGGUGCUCUGCAGAAAACUUACAUCCAUACCACAAGCCCAACUCCCACAUGCCCUCCCUCUGCUCACAAGACACAUCGUUCGCUGCAAAGACACGCUGGCUGCUCCACAGGAGCAGAAAUUUAAAGACGACGGCUCUCAAAGCGCGCAGCUUGUUCACAAGUUGAGAACCAGCAUCACGACCCUGUUGAAAGGACGGGAUCGCGAGGCUCGAUUUGCUGCCAUUGGCCUCGUCAAGGCCAUUAUUGAUGUAGGAGGAUGGGAAAUGCUCCGAGUUUCUGAACCCUGGGUUGCCGGGUUGUUGUCUAUUGUUCAGAAAGGUGACUCGUUCCCAGCAAAGGACUUGGCUGUUGCAACAUUAGCACGCAUCUAUAUACUAGUUCAGCCAUAUCAAACUCUAGUUCGGGAAAUUGCAACCCGCACAAUUCCGACCUUCAUUACGGCAUGUCUGCAACUCAUCAAGCCCCGAAGUACGGGUCAAGACCCAUCUGCUCCUCUCAGCGUUGUUGAGACAAUUUGCGAUGCUUUCUCAACCCUCAUUCCUAUAUACGCUACCACUUUCCGGCCAUUCAGCUCCCAAAUACGCUCAGCCGUCAGAGGUUACUUGGCGCCAACGCUUUCGGAUGACUUGCUUAUCCCCCUGUCCUUGCAGCGAGCAGCCCGAAAAGUCGUCAUCUCACUUCACUGUGUGGCAGCCAAAUCAGGUGGGAGUGAAGAAUGGGCUAAGAUCGUUGAUAGCCUGCUUCGAGAGUUACAUGCUACCGCAGAUCAAGUUCUCCGGGCUGUUGAUGAAUCCUGGGAGGGCACCUCAGGAUACAACCGAAAACGUGUUAACCCCGAGGGCGAAUCAAGCGGAGGCAGCAAUUCAGGAGAUCAAUUGCCGCCUUGGUCUGGGUUGAGCUCAGGAGCGGAGCGUCUAGUAGGCAUUUUUGCGUAUCUCUCUGAUUGUCUACGCUAUCCUACCAAGGCCCCCGUUGUUAUACCCGUCGGUGCUCUCCUAGAUGCAAUUUCAAGAGUCUGUCUUAUCGCAAGACAGUCACCCAAAUGUCAAACUUGGGACCAGGCCGUGGAGACAAAUGCAGCCAUCGGCCGAGAGGAGAAGGCAGAACUUUGGGCCGCCAUUCCAGACAUUCACAUGUCGGCCCUAGCAUUGAUUUCCGUCAUGUUGCAAAGGUUCCGUCAAGGGAUGAUUCCUCUUAUUCCCGAAGUGCUGGACCAUCUGGUCCGGGUCUUCAAGUCUGGAAUAUCCAACCCAGCAGUACGAAUGACGGGCUACAGGCUCUUGAAUAACGUCCUACCUCUUGCGGGACCGACAAUGUCGAGAGCAACGGUGAGUGUUCUGGAGCCUCUUAUCGCUGCUUGCUGUCGCGAUUUGCAGGAAGAUGCUGGAUUCCUCAAAGCCAUCCCCAAAGCAGCCACUGCUUCAAAAAACGACUCUAAAAAGAGCGGUCUUGCCAAUGCAGAUCUGUUUCUGCAGCCACAAGCCUCUUCCGUUGAGACGUCAGUACACCUGGACGCCGCCCACAAGGGUGCUGCUGAUGACUUGCUCGCCGCUUUCUUGUCAAGCCUGCCCCAGCAUCACUUGAAACCCACGCUCCGUGGUCUCCUCGACAAGACAGCAAUCCUCACACAAAACCGCGAUGCCAUGCUAUCGAGUGUUCUCAACCCGUACAAGGACCAGCGCGGCCGCAUGUACCCCAGCAUCUUGCCGCAUUUAUCACAACAGUACCCACAAGAUCAAGGCGUCGAGAUUCUGCGCAGCAACCUUCGCACAUCAAGCGUUCCAGGAAGCAUCGACCUUGUAGCAUCAGUCACCGAGGUUGAGCAAGAGAAGCAGCAAGACGAGGAAGAAGAACAAAUGGGCGGCGGCGACGAGCCAAUCGACAAAGAGGCGCGUGCGACCGAGUCUCUCCAGGACAUGGUCAAGCCUGCGGUACCAAAGGUCGAUCUUCCCAUCCAGAGCAACCCAUUUGAAGUCAAGGCCACAGCAUCCAAUGCAUUCAAUGUAGCCACAGUUACAAGACAUGAUUCAGUCACCAAGCGCAAACACGAAGAUGCAGACACCGCACCGUCGAAACGGCAGGAAGUAAACAAGUCUGCUCCUGCAAAUUUGUCAGAACCAGUUCCUGCUGCUGAAGACGACGACGAUAGUGACAGUGAUGUAAGCGUCCACUUAAAUAUGGAACUAGAUGACGAUGAAGAGGAGGAAGAUGAAUAA